AUGGGAUCAUUGGCGGGAAAAUCAACGCUGGAUGGCCCAGACCUUGAAAACCUGCAGCUUGUCGACCAACAACCAGUUGAUCGGAAGCCGUCUUCUCUGGAUAUAGCUCCACAAAGACCCUCCUUUAGGGAUGGACAAGAACACUUUGGUCGUAAAAGUAUAUUGAGGAGCAUAUUGCGCAGCAUAAAGAUUGCUUUGUUUUCCAACAAGUUAAACUUGUUGAUACCAUGUGGUCCUUUGGCGAUAUUAGUUGAUAAGCUAACAAACCACCAUCUAGGAUGGGUCUUCUUUCUAAGUUUAUUGGGCAUCAUUCCUUUGGCUGAGCGUUUGGGCUGGGCUACCGAGCCCUUUACAAUGACUUUGUUUUGUGUAUCUUCAGUUGGGGGUCUUCUAAAUGCUACAUUUGGCAAUGCAACCGAGCUAAUAAUAUCUAUGUAUGCUCUGAGAAGAGACAUGAUUCGUGUUGUUCAGUUAUCACUGCUUGGGUCGAUUCUUUCUAACAUGUUGUUGGUGCUUGGAUGUGCCCUUUUUGGAGGAGGGAUUAUUCAUUUUAGAAGGGAACAAGUAUUUGACAAGGCAUCUGCAACAAUGAAUUCUGGAUUGCUGUUGAUGGCGGUUAUGGGUCUCAUGUUUCCAGCUGUUCUCCACUUCACACAUACUGAAUUGCAUUUCGGAAAGUCUGAGCUGGCACUUUCGAGGUUUAGCAGCUGCAUUAUGCUGGUAGCUUAUGGUGCAUACAUUUUUUUCCAGCUGACCACUCAGAAGAACCUUUAUGCCCGUUUAAAUGAGGAGGAAGAGAGUCCAGCUAGUGAGGACUCAGAUGACAAUGACGUGCCAGAUAUCUCAAAGUGGGAAUCAGUCGUGUGGCUAUUUAUGUUAACUUCCUUGAUAUCAGUCUUGUCAGAAUAUUUAGUUAAUGCCAUAGAGGGAGCAUCUGUGUCGAUGAAUAUUCCGGUAGCAUUUAUUAGUGUUAUCCUGCUGCCGAUUGUCGGGAAUGCAGCUGAACAUGCAGGCGCCGUUAUGUUUGCUGUUAAAGACAAGCUUGACAUUUCUCUGGCAGUGGCGAUUGGCUCGUCAACCCAAAUAGCAAUGUUUGGGAUACCUUUCACUGUGAUCGUGGGCUGGGCCAUGGGACGGCCAAUGGACUUAAACUUUCAACUAUUUGAGACUGCUACACUCCUUAUGACAGUUCUUGUAGUGGCCUUUAUGCUGCAGGAAGGUACAUCCAACUAUUUCAAAGGACUAAUGCUUCUUUUAUGCUAUCUAAUAGUCGCGGCUAGUUUCUUUGUACAUAUAGACCCGGAAUCCAUCAGUGAGUGA